AACGCCAAGGCCAAGCAUAGGGAGGGAGACCUUCGCUCGUGUACUGACAUCAUCCAUCCACCCACUGAUAAGCCAAAGGUAUCAGCACUACAGCCAGCUCCCCUUCUCCCCCAACUCCGGCGGCUCAGGCUUCCGGCCUCCGCUUCUCCUUCGACGCCAAAUCCAUCCGCCCCUCCGAUUCCAGCGUUCCAGUUCCCUGUUUGAAAGAGUCUGGUGGAGUUUGCAGUUUUGCCAGGUGCCAACAGUUGACAAUGGUACUUAAGCGCCUGAUGAGAUGCUGCUGCAUUGCAAAGCACACUGAUGAUGAGGACAAGAUUGAUUUCGGAGGCGGCAAUGUUCAUGUCAUUACAAGCAAAGAGAACUGGGACCAAAAAGUUGAGGAGGCAAACAAGGAUGGGAAAAUUGUGGUUGCAAAUUUCAGUGCUUCCUGGUGUGGGCCAUGCCGGGUCAUUUCGACUGUUUAUGCUGAGAUGUCGCAGACGUACCCGCAGCUCAUGUUCUUGACUGUUGAUGUCGAUGAUUUAAUGGAAUUCAGCUCGUCGUGGGACAUCCGGGCGACCCCGACGUUCUUCUUCCUCAAGAACGGGCAGCAGGUGGACAAGCUGGUCGGCGCCAACAAGCCCGAGCUCGAGAAGAAAGUCGCUGCGCUCGCUGGUGGGUCGGUGGCGCCGCCUGACAGGCCGUGACGCCGCAAGUGACAGGAGGACGAUGCAGGCGGAUAUCAUGUCAGCAGUCGUCGGCCUGUGCUGUUCGUUCUACCCGCGCACUUGUUUGUGCCCAUCGUGUAGCAGCGUUUGAUCCGCGUGGUCUCUUCUCCGAUGUGCAGACUGUACAGCUAGGCCUAGCUCCUUGGUGACGAUGUGAUGAUGUAAGUAUUGAUUUCUGUGGUACUAGCUGGUAACCAGUGGCAAGUACAUGCAUGAAAGAGUUGAUAAAUCAUGGUUCAACGAGCAUGAUGGAUGAUUGGCAA